AUGCCCAAACACCGCUUCCCGCCCAAGCCGCAAAGCAACAAGCGCAAAAACAAGAAGGUCCCUGAGACAGCGGACGAGUUCCUGGAUGUCGGCAUCGAGCACGAAGAAUCCGGUGAUCGCUGGCGGCCAGGUGAUAAGUUAAAGGCCGGCCGGUUCUACGAAAAAGCAAUUGAUAGCUAUAAUACCGCCCUGCAGCUAAACCCCACCUCUUUCGACGCCGCCUACAACCUCGCCCGCCUGCAAUACCAGCUCGCCCAGCACCCCGAGCUCACAGGCAGCACGCACCGCAGCUCGCGCCUCCUGCUCAAGACCGCGGUCGACAGCCACCGGCGCUGCCUGGCGCUGGACCCGGCGAAUGAAGAUGCGCUCUUCAAUACGGGCCAGGUGCUGUGCAGCUUUGCUGAGGUGCUGAUUGAGUACCGCACUGCACCUGUAGAGGCAAAGACAGAGGCCGCCCAGCUCCUCGUCGAGGCGGUCGGGACACUACAGCGCUGUCUGGCACUACAAGAAGCACAGUACGCCGCUCUGCAGCAGACACAGACACAGGCGCAAGAGGCGGGCGACGACACCUCCAUGGACAUGGGCGACGAACCCGCCUCAUCCUCAUCCACACCCUCAGAACCCAACACCACCGAGCAAUGGGCCAUAAUCCAACCCCCCACCACCCCCAGCACCCUCCUCGACACCACCCUCGCCCUCCUCAGCACCCUCGCCACCCUCCUCCCACUCACAAACCUCCCACACUGCCCCCCGCUCUCCACAACCCUACACACCGCCCAACACCUCCUCACAACCACCAUCCCCCCGCUCGCCCACGCCACCUCCCGCGAGUCCGAAGCCGCCCUAUCGCGCGCUAACCUCCUGGCCGCCGCCGCGGAAGCGUCCUACCGCGCCGGCGGCCCCCUGGCAGACUAUGAAGCGGGCGUCGCCGCGGCCUUCGACGGCGUGGACGGCGUGCAGGCGCUGUGUGACCGCGCGGACGCACACAUCCAGCUCGCCGGCAGCGUGUCUGAUGACGCCGUGGCGUGGCGCCACUACUCGUUUGCCGCGCAGUAUUUGGCGGGUGCGGCGGCGGCGGAGCCGGGGAGGGGGGAGAUCCAUGUUGCGCGCGGGGAUGUGGAGUUGUUGAGGGCGAGGUUGGGGGUGGAUGUGGCGGUGAGGAGUCGGGGGGUGUUGGUGAGGAAUGCGGGGGUGUAUUAUCGGGGUGCGCGGAGGUUGGGUGGUGGGGUGGAGGGGGAGGCGGCGGUGAAGGAGCGGAUGGUUGUUUUGGAGAGCGGCGGGGAGGGCGUGGAGGAGGCGGCGAGGGGGAUUGUGGAGGGGGGGGAGGCGGUGUGGGGGGUUGUGGUGGAGGCCGUUGAGGAGGGGUUGGUGGGGGGGGAGUGGCUGGAGAGGGUGGGGGGGAGGGUUGGGGGGGAGGUUUGA